AUGUUAGCAUUAAUACAGCAAAAAGUCAAACAAUACGAGCUUACCGAAUAUACGGAUAUUAAGACAUGGAACCGUUUGGGAGUGCGGCUUGGAACGAUUACUGUGCUCCACCCCUAUGAGUACGCCAGAGUACUGAUGCAGAUUGGUUACGAGCCGAUUGCACCACUACCGGGCCGGACACUGCUCGGCACGCCAACGUUGUACCUACCAAACAUGUUCCAGUACGUGGCUCAUAUCAGAGGUGUCGAUGGGUUUUUCGGUUGUUUCCGGGGUCUGAGCUGCAAGAUUCUCGGUGAUCUGCUGAGUACACAUUUUAGUGGAAAAAUCGUCGAUCGGCUGGAGAUUACGGGCAGCACAAUUUAUAAACCCGUACAGCGUAAAUUCCAUGGGUUUAUCGACGAAUUGGACGAGGACCUGGAAACCAAUCAUGUGCAGUUUAAGAAAAACUUGAAACGAAACUUAGCCAUUCAAGCUGUUUGUGUUAUCAUAUCGCACCCGUUUGAACUGAUAGCCGUGCGCAUGAUGGCGGAAUUUGUUGGUCAAGACCAACUUUACUCGAGCCUGUGGCAAUCAAUCGGCGAAAUUUGGACGCAAAAUGGGCUUUCUGGCUUUUAUUCCGGAGUUGUGCCUCGUUUGCUCUGCGAGCUCGGCUGCUUGGUCAUGUCAAGCUCAGUGACCUACCUGGCUUUCCGAUAUGCACUACGAAAGCGACAGGAAAGGGCCUGUUUUUCGGCGUUCUCUAAAUUAUUAGCUUCAAGCAUACACUAUCCGUACAAAGUCGUAUCGACCCGAAUGAUUGUCACAUUUUUUAUGUAG